GGCACAUUUUUAGCCUAUUGCAGUUUUUUUAUGUACCGUGUACAUAUGUUUCACGUGCUUUUUUAGUGGAAAGUAGCUAAUGUCUGUUGCCGCUAGCCAAAGCAGAAGCCAUCCGAAUCUGUAGAGUAGCCACAGGAAAAGCCACGUCAACGUUGGCGUUGUCAGAGAAGGACGUACCGUACGCUUCGUGACAGAAUAUCUGUGCUUAUGCUAUAUUAUCAAGACUAGCACCAUGGAACAGUUGUACCACGCCUCGAACAGCAUUGUUGCAGAUAUUCAGCAGUGCUUCAAGAGAUACGAAACAGCGACAGGCAGCGAUGCUUCAGACACGGAAAGCACUAUUCAAGCUAUGAUGAGCAGACUGAUGGAAAACUGUGAGCGCCUCAGCAUAUUAGCAAACAAGGAACCGAUCGCUCGUCGCCAAACAGUAAAGAUGCGUGUGGACGAACUCAAGUACGAACAUAGGCAUUUGAACGCGGCUUUUAGCAAGCUCCAAAGGCAGAGGUAUGAACGUGAAGAAGCCCUUCGAAGUCGAGAAGAACUUCUGUCAAGGAAAUUCUCGCCAAACUCUAACCAAGACACGUCCAUUUUCAUUGACCAGUCGCUUCAGUUUCACUCCAGGGCAACAGACGCAAAUCGGCAAAUGGACGACCUUAUCAGUCAUGGAGGCAAUGUGUUAACAAACCUCAAGGAACAGAGGGGAACUUUGAAAGGCGCUCACCGUAAAAUGCUAGACGUUGUUAACACACUCGGCAUGUCAAACACCGUUAUGAGGUUAAUCGAAAAGAGGACUUACCAAGACAAAUUUAUCCUGUUCGGAGGGAUGCUCGUCACAUGUGUGAUCAUGUUUCUGGUCGUGAAGUACCUCACAUAGGCUGUGUCACAGAGCUACAGGACUGACUUACCCUCGAGAUGUGUAUUGUGUUGAAAUAAAUUUAUGGACACUCGUA